AUGGCAGAAUCUUUGCCAACACUACUGAAACAAAGAGAGGCCAGGAGACAGAGUAUAGAAAUACCUCCAUACCUGGCAUCCUCAAGUGGUCCUCUAACUGAGGAACUUCAGUGUUCUGUGUGUCUGGAUGUGUUCACCAAUCCGGUCACCACUCCUUGUGGACACAACUUCUGUAAGAGCUGCCUGAACCAGUGCUGGGACAAAAGUGAGGAUUGCUCCUGUCCAUUCUGUAAAGAAACAUUCAGUAAAAGACCAGACCUCAAGAUCAACACAGCGCUCAGGCAGGUCGUGCAGCACUUUAAAGAAAAGUCUGGUGUGACAACAUCUGAAGUGCUCUGUGACAUCUGUGAUGAUAGAAAGCUGAAAGCCCUGAAGACCUGCCUGAUGUGUCAGAGCUCUUACUGUGAGACUCACCUGGAGCCGCAUCACAGAGUCCCGCGAUUAAAAAAACACAAAUUGAUAAAUGCUGUUGAAAAUCUGGAGGACUAUAUAUGCGAGCAACACGAGAGACCUCUGGAGCUGUUCUGUAGAGAUGAUCAGACAUUUGUGUGUCCGAUCUGCACUGUGACAGACCACAAGAACCACAACACUGUUCCUCUAGACCUUGAGGAGAAGAAGGCACGAACUCAAGUGAUGAAGAUACAAACAGACGUGCAGCAGAUGAUCCAGGACAGAAUGAAGAAGAUUCAAGACAUCAAACAUUCAGGAGAACUCAGAAAAAAAUGUCAGGCUGAGCUGCUGGAAAAGAUGGAGGAGAAGCAGAAAGCAGCAGAGGAACAGGAAGAGGAGCUCAUUGAAGAGCUGCAGCAGGAGAUCACUGAGCUCAAGAGGAGAGACAGUGAGCUGGAGCAGCUCUCACACACUGAAGAUCACCUCCAACUCAUACAGAGUUACCCAUCCAUAUGCAGACCUUUCAACACUAAGCAGUGGACUGAUAUCAGUGUUAACACUCCUGUGAGUCUGAACACCAUCAGAGCAGCUCUGACUGAGCUGCAGCAGACUCUAGAUGAGAAACUCAGUGAAACCGAGCUUAAGAGGAUGCGCUUAUAUGCAGUGGAUGUGACUCUGGAUCCUGAUACUGCUCAGCCUGAACUCAUCCUGUCUGAUGAUGGAAAACAAGUGAGCAAUGGAGACAUUAAGCGUGACGUCCCAGACAACCUGAAGAGAUUUGAUCAUUGCAUCUUUGUACUGGGAAAGGAAGGAUUCUCCUCAGGGAGAUUUUAUUUUGAGGUGCAGGUGAUGAAGAAGACUGCUUGGAAUUUAGGAGUGGCCAGAGAAUCUGUCAUAAGGAAAGGGAGAAUCACUCUGAGACCUCAGAAUGGAUACUGGGCUAUAUGGCUGAGGAAUGGGAAUGAAUACAAGGCACUUGAAAAUUCCAUGUCUGUACUCUCUCUGAGAGUGAAGCCCCAGAAUGUGGGGGUGUUUGUGGAUUAUGAGGAAGGUCUGGUCUCCUUUUAUGACGUGGAGACAAGGUCUCAUAUCUACUCUUUCACUGGCCAGACCUUUAAUGGGACACUCUAUCCAUAUUUUUGCCCAGCAUUAAACAAGGAUGGUAAAAACUCUGACCCAUUGAUCAUCUCACCUGUUAAUUAAUAAAUAAAUGUGCAGCCCAUAUAUGAAAAAACACUAUCAAUAGAAAAUAGUAUUUUAUUAUAUAUAUUUGAGAAAUAUCACAGGGGCAACCAUGAUGCUGGUCUGUCUGACAUGUCUGUAGGCAGGAGUGCCACAUGUAUCAAAACCAUGCUCAUAUUCAGACCAACAGCAUGACUGUGUGAUAUUGCUUUUAUACA